ACUCAUUUUGCAUAGAACUUAUCCCGCCUUCUCUCUAUUUGCCGGAAUACCAAACCCUAUCUUCUUCUUCCUCUUCACUUCACCACAUACCCCCUCUUCCCUUGUCCCUUUCCCUGUCCCUUUCAUCACCAUUACGCUGUUAAUCCCCAUCCCAAUAUCUGGGUUUCUGAAGGAACCCCUAAAGGAGAAGGGAAUAAUAAUAAGAAACACCUCUCUUUUUCUUGCCCCCUUUCUCACUGAUUCAAUUUUAGCCUUUCGUUUCUUUUGAUUCAAUUUAUCAUCUCAUUCUUAUUUUUCUUUUUUAAUUUGAACCUAUUAUUCUUUAUUAACCCUCAAAAGAUGGCGAUUGCUUGGUCUGAAACUGCUGCUUCAAUGGAGGCUUUAUCUUUGUCUCCUCCUAUGUCCCCACCCGUCAUCCUAACCCAAGACGAAUUGAAAAAAAUCGCCGCUUACAAAGCCGUUGAGUUCGUUGAGUCGGGUAUGGUUUUGGGUCUGGGCACGGGUUCGACAGCCAAACACGCCGUGGAUCGAAUCGGGGAGUUGCUCCGGCAAGGCAAGCUCAGCAACAUCGUAGGAAUUCCCACAUCGAAGAAAACGCAGGAACAAGCUGUUUCUUUGGGCAUCCCACUUUCAGAUCUCGACAACUAUCCCACCAUUGAUUUAGCCAUCGACGGGGCGGAUGAAGUGGACCCGCAUCUCAAUCUGGUGAAAGGGAGAGGUGGGUCGCUUUUAAGAGAGAAAAUGGUGGAAGGAGCAUGCAAGAAAUUUGUUUGUAUUGUUGACGAAUCCAAAUUGGUUAAACAUUUGGGAGGGAGCGGUUUGGCUUUGCCGGUUGAAAUCGUUCCCUUUUGCUGGAAAUUUACUGCAAAUAAGCUCCAAAAGUUGUUCCAAGGGUCGGAUUGCGUGGCCAAGCUGAGGAAUGAUGGUGAAGGGAAGCCAUUUGUGACAGAUAACGGGAAUUACAUCGUGGAUUUGUAUUUGAAGAAAGAAAUGGGGGAUUUGCAGGUUGCAAGCGAUGCUAUUUUGAGGAUUGCGGGUGUGGUUGAACAUGGGAUGUUUCUUGAUAUGGCCACCACUGUUAUUGUUGCAGGUGAGCUUGGAAUUACUAUCAAGGAUAAGUAGAACUAUUUGGGGGGGCUAUUAUUCUAACCCUUUUUCGUAUUUACUGAAUUACAACUAUUGCUUUUGGCAUCUAUAUUGAUUGAUGAUGGGAAGAGGUCGAGGCAAUUAAUUAUAAUUGUAAGGGAAGAUUGGGUUUAGGAAUGUUAGGAUUGUGACAGCAAUUGAGCUAUCAAUUGUUAUGAUAAUUUUAAUCUUACACUUCAUAGUUUUUCCUAAUAAAAAAAAAUAGUCCAAUUCAACUCA